AUGUCACAAAAGGUCUUUGUCACCGGCGCAACUGGCUUUAUUGGCCGCAAGGUCACAGAGUUCGCCGUCAAAGAAGGGUACAGCGUGCGCGGUCUCUCACGACGUGAAGAAGGCGAUGCGCUGUUCGAGUCGCUGGGCGCGACUCCCGUCCGCGGUGACCUCAAGAAUGCAGACCUUCUCACAGAAGAGAGCAGAAACGCCGACAUCGUCCUGCACCUUGCGUUCGAUCACGAUUUUACCAAGCCGUACCAGGAGCUAGUUAACACUGACAUUGCCGCUGUGACCGCCCUUGCCAAAGGCCUUGAAGGAACCGGCAAGCCUCUUGUCGUUUCGAACGGGACAGCCAACGUCGCGCCCGAUCCCAAUGGAGGCGAGACCGACGAGGAUGCCCCGUUAGCAGACCACCUUCUUACCAACCGUGACGGCGCCGAAAGGCAUGCGCUUUCGUUUGUAGACAAGAGCGUGCGCGUUGUCUCCAUACGGCUCCCGCAGUACGUCUACGGUCCUGGUAGUACAACCGGCUUCGCCGCGCAAUUGAUCAAGCUAGCGAUCAGAUCCGGCGAAUCCGUGUACAUUGGCGAUGGCGAGUACUGCUUCUCGGAUACAUACGUCGAUGACGCUGCCAAACUGUACCUUCUUGCCGCCAAGCACGCAAAGCCCGGAGACGUCUUCAAUGGUACUGGGCACACAACCACGACAUACAGGGCCAUGGCGACUGCGAUCAGCGAGCUCGUAGGAGUACCCGCUCGCUCUAUUACUCCUGAUGAGGCAGUCGCUCGCUGGGGCCCGUUCCUUGCUGGAUUCAUUAGCAUCAGAAACCGUGCGUCGAACCGAAGGGCUGUUGAGCAGCUUGGUUGGAAACCUGUUGGACCGGGGCUGCUAUGGGAGGUUCGCAACGGGAGCUAUGUACCUGUGGCGGAGAAGUUCAAGAAGGAGGCUUCUGCACAGUGA